UGCGCCGGCCGCAGGGCAAGCGCGACUGCCUGAUAGGGCGGCUUUCAUUCAGCACAUGGAAGUACAGAUCAAUCGUCACUUCCCCCUCUCCUAUCCCUGGACCAGAGGAUAUCCAUUAUCCAGACUGUGUGGUGUGCCAGUGAGGUCCCGACUGCCGGCCGCGACGCACGUGCCGUCGACACACCGACCGCCCGAACACGGACAGUGAUGCGGUGUAUAAUUAAAACCGACCAGUGAUUUGUGAUAUAUUCAGCUGUUUGUAUUGUGUACGAAACAUCAAACCUCCACCAUGCCGCUCCAAAUCCGAAGAAACCGCUGCACAUCGUUCUUGAGGGAGAAUCUCCUGACCAUCUUCACGAUCAUCGGCGUGAUCGCGGGCUCGCUGCUCGGCUGCGGGCUCCGGUUCUCUGGCCAUGAGUGGUCCCGCCGUGACGUCAUGUACUUCCAGUACCCCGGGGAACUGUUCCUCAGGAUGCUGAAGAGCUUGAUCGUUCCCCUGCUCGUGUCUAGUAUUGUUUCCGCUAUUGGGUCGCUGGAUCUCAGCUUGUCUGGCAAGGUUGGUCUUCGGGCGAUCAUCUACUACAUGACCACAACAAUAUGCGCCGUGAUGCUGGGGAUAGCUCUUGUCACCACCAUCAAGCCAGGAAAGGAAACCACUUACACGCAGCCGAACGCCACCAAGGUCAUCUCGAAGGACACUCUGACUUCAGAUACACUGCUGGACUUGAUAAGGAACGUGUUCCCCGAGAACCUGGCGCAGGCAACGAUCGCUUCAUACCGCACCAAACUCAUCUACGAUAAAAACGAUACUAAAAGUCGACUAGGAGAGUUGGAAACCUACCAGAUCCAGGGCGAGUACCAGAGCGGCAGCAACGUGUUGGGUCUGGUCUGCUUCAGCAUCGUGCUGGGCAUCACCCUCGGCAAGAUGGGGGAGAAGGCGCGCCCGCUGCAGGACUUCUUCCACUCGCUCUCCGAAGCCAUGAUGAUCAUUACUGGAUGGGUUAUUUGGCUUUCACCACUUGGAGUAUUCUUCCUCGUGACUGCAAAGAUUAUGGAGAUCGAUGACUUCGGGGACCUUGUGGGACGACUCGGGAAGUACUUCUUCACGGUACUGCUGGGGCUGUUCCUCCACGGUUUCGGUACCCUCAGCAUCCUGUUCAUCUUGGCCACCAAGAAGCUACCCUGCAAGUACAUCGCGAAGAUGGGACAGGUCAUGGCCACUGCUUUUGGUACUGCUUCCAGUUCAGCGACGAUGCCGAUUACCAUCGGCUGCUGUGACGACAUGGGCCUGGACCCGCGCAUCACUCGGUUCGUGAUCCCCAUCGGAGCCACCAUCAACAUGGACGGCACUGCGCUGUACGAGGCCGUGGCCGCCAUCUUUAUUGCCCAGCUGAGGAAGGUCGAGAUGUCUUUCGGCAAGAUUAUUGCUGUGAGUGUGACAGCGACGGCGGCGAGUAUAGGAGCGGCGGGAAUCCCGCAGGCGGGGCUGGUCACCAUGGUGAUGGUGCUGGACACCGUCAACCUGCCCGCCGAGGACGUCUCCCUCAUCCUCGCUGUGGACUGGCUGCUCGACCGCUUCCGUACAACCAUCAACGUGGUGUGCGACGCUCUGGGCGCGAUUAUCGUGACGUCACUCUCCCAGGGUGACAUCGACAAGUCGCGAGCCCUCAACGAGAGGGAAGCGGCGCCAUCCCACGAGCUUACCGAGCUAGAGAAAGGAGACCAUUGAGCUUAUUACAACACUAACAAGUUCUCGACGGAAUAUCUGGGACAGAAAGACGAAAAAAAGAAAAAAUAUUAAUGUCAAAAUAAAGGAGAAAAGUAUUUAUCAGUACAAGAAAAGAAUAAGCUUUAAAAUGACAUCAUAUCUCUACGGGCAGUAUUGUCUGCAAUAAAAAAAAAACAUAAAUUAAAAAAAGAAUUCAUUUAAAUUAAUUUUAAAUGUUAUUUAAACCGUCGUCGAAAUAUAACGUUAGCUGUUCCGCGUUCGAUUAUCGUUAUUUAAAAGACAAUAAAGUCGCAGCUUGAAUGUUAUUUUGUGAUGAAAUGCAUGAUUUUGUGUACAACGUUGAUGUUUGUAUUAUAAUCAUAUCAUUUUCUCUUACGAAUAUAAAAAAAAUCUAUUAUAAUAACUAGUUACCGUUUUUAAUUUAUUAUAAUAAAAAACUAUUUACAUGUUAUAUCAAAUCGAUGUUUUCUUAGGACAUAUGUAUUAGAAGUGAUAAGCUCUCUGUACCACGUAUUACAGUUUUUGGCCUUUGCCAAAGAUUACAAGAAUGUUUGUCAAUAUUCAGUAUUUAUAUGUAUGGAUAAUGUUAGAAGGAGCUUAUAAUGUGUCGGUGUGUUCUGCAUGUGCCAUUUUAUGUAGCCUUAAAUUAGCUGUCGUGAUGUUUAGAAUUUUUCGAAUCUCUAUUGUAGUGUAUGCGAUAUCUACAAAACAUUAACAUAAAUUAAUGUCCUUCUAAAAAUAACUGUUGCGAUAUUUUCAUAACCGUUUAAAUAGCUGUUACUCUUUCUGCUAUUUUGUUACAAGUGUUAUAAUAACUGGUUCUUACAAAAUUUCGACAUGGUAUUAAAAAUUUAAACCAAAAAUUAUUAGGUCUUUUGACGUUUAAAUAGAAUUCACAUAACUUUGGACUAAAAAAAAAUAUCAAUUUGUAGCUGAAAAACUUUUCAACUAUUUUUGUAUGAAUGUACAUUUGUCGUCGAACGUGUUCGUUUAGAAUGUUGUUUAAAUAUUAAUCGUAGGUUUAAUAAGUAAAUGUGCCAUAAUAUUUGAUUGUACCAACAGCGACAAUGAUUUCAUGUUUAAUUGGGCAAUAAUUUCUUUGAUUCAUUAGUACUUUUCGACAAAUAUCGUCAUGGCGAAAAAGUACUUAAAAUCGUUUCAUUGACUAGUUUCAUUUGCAAGCUUUUUUCAAUUUUUUUUUGUCGUGUGUUGGUAGAAUCAAACGUGUUAAGUACAUCUUCAGAGUUGUAAGUUAAAGACAGCCUGCAUUCCAUGUAUAUCGAUCGAAACCAAUGACACUUAGCGUAUUAUUUCUAUUUAUUUAUUGUUACUUGUUGUUUUCAUCGUUUCAAACGAUGUAAAUUAUAUAAGAAAUUAGUAUUCAUUGAAAAUGUUUACGUGUGUACAAAAAUUAACUGUUUCACCGUUUUAUUGUGAAAAAUUAUAAAAAAAUCUUCGUCGAAGACAAAAUUCAGAAUUUAAUUCAUUUUUUUGUUUAUGAAUAGAAAAUGAUGGUGAAACAGAUGUCUAUCAAAUGUUACAAAGUGAUUCUAAAGCAAUUUAAUUUAGUAUAUUAGUAGUUUGAAUUAGUUAUGACAUAAUACUUUAUAUUAUUAUUUAUUCAUCGACCACAGCAGAGGGAAAGUCAUUUAAUUGUGGCCAAAUAUUAGCUGUAAGCUAUAGUGAAUAUAGUAAGACAUUUUAUCUUUUAAAUGGUGUUGUAUAACCAUAUUUAUGUAGUUGUAAUGUUCAUGAUAGUCUCUAGUCCGCACUUUUAUUAUUAGUCUGUUUGUAUAGUGCUUAGAGCGAGAAUUAAAUCUUAUUCCCCAUAUAAUAAUGUCUUGAAGAUCCAAGAGCUAAUUCAACUUCUAUAACGUGGUUCUAGGUAAAGUAUAGAAGUGUUAUAGUCGGUUUUCGCACUAAGUAUUCUACAAUCAGUUUUAAUUAUAAUAAAUGUACCGAAUAUUGUAUGUACAUAAGUACGAAGUAUUUAUUGAUGUCGGCUCAUAAUUCCCUGUUUUUAUUUAAAAUGGAUGUUAUUUUAAAUAAAUAUUUGUGUGGAA